AUGCCAGUCACUGCCACAGGAUUGUUCUCUAUCGACAUCCACCCACCCGCACCUACUUUUAUACCCCACGCCUUGGGGCACUCAAAAUAUACCAAAUUUCUACUGACCGCCUCUAGAUUAAACAUGUGUAACUAUCUCACAUGGAAACCACCCUGCGGCAAAGCAGAACACGUCUUGCGGAUGAGCUGGAAAUGCCCCGACGCCUUGGCCAGCAGGCCUUGUCCAGCCCCCGUAUAUGCGAUCUAUGACAUAGACCACUGCAGCUACUGUCCAACAGGACCGAGGUGGUGCCAGCAGAAAGCUAUCCAUGAUGAUGAAGGACACGGCUCCCUUUCACUCGAUUAUGAGCCAGUCUUUUACCUUCUUAGGCCGGAUAUGUAUCAAUACCCCUUCAGCGAACACAAUCAUGGCAACUUCGCUCCAGCCCAACAAUCUCCUAUCACCCCACUCAGUCCUGCUCACAGAAAUUCUUGGUCCAUCGAAAUACCCCGAAAUCCCUACAUGUCGACGUACUGGGUGCGGCCUGGGGCGCCACAGCAUUCGUCGCCUCCAUACGACCUUCAAGUCGGCUUCAAUCCUCCGCCCGGCAUGUACAACCACCACUACCACCACCACCGAUCACCCAGAGCCGCACCUCCAACUCCUUCCAUCGAUUCGGCAAACCCAGGGGCUCCCUUCGAACUUCUUCCGUCGCACCAAAACCUCUCCGUGCUAGGCUAUGAGCUUUCAUACGGGUAUUUAUUUCGUCGGUCACGGCCACAAAGGCUUUCGGACAAUGAUUUGGCGCUUGUUAGUGAUCCGGAUAUGAAUUCAGACCCUAGAUGGGGUACACUAGAGAGUAUAACUUCGACUGAUGUGUCUCAGUCGCUGUUUGCGGAGCCCAAGAGUCAAAUCAAGUCUGGAUCUACUACCUCUUUAUCACUUCCUCCUAGGGACCGGAUGCCAUGUCUUAGAGGAGGUGCCACAAACAGCGGAUACGCAGAUUCCGGUUAUAGCUCAGACUCAAGACUAAGGUCAGACGGAGGUAAACCAUGGCACGAACCUAAUCCCAGGCAUGAACCAAAACCAAAGCAUAAGUCCAAACCAAGACACAAAUUCAAAACCAAGAGUGAGGACAGUAACAAGCAGGAACCUUCGAAGAUAACCGCUGUGUCAGGACAGCAUGUCCCCAUACCCAGUCCACUAAGGCCAAAUGUAUCAGACAUACCACACCUACUCGAUCUGAAAGUAUGGCAUGAUUUUCAACAACACUGGCAGUGGUUAGAACAUGGUCCUAAAACCUCUCCAACGCGGAAGCGGCGCAAUACCGAGAACAGUUCCUUCAAACUCCCCUCAUGGCUGCGAGCCAUGCGGAUACUUCAUACCGCAGCCCAGUACGAUAGGCUAAAUCCUCUAUUUCUGCAAGAAAUGCAAACGCUUGGCCGUGCGGCAUUGGAGACUUGGAUCUCUUGGGUAUGCGAUAGCAAGUUCUCUAAAGAGACUAUCCCGCAUUCAAUGGUGCAGGUACAUGUUCGCAACUGGUAG